AUGACAAGAAAGAAGGUGAAACUCGCGUUCAUCUCCGACGAUUCCGCGAGGAAAGCAACGUACAAGAAAAGAAAGAAAGGUAUUCUCAAGAAGGUGAGUGAACUCACCAUUCUCUGUGGAAUUCCCGCUUGCGCUAUAAUUUCGAAUCCUUUUGAUUCAAAAACCGAAGUGUGGCCAGAUCUAGACGGAGCGAAACAGGUUAUUGAACGGUAUCAGAGUUCGUCUGUGAUCGAUGGAACGAAGAAUGUGAACCAAGAGAGUUUCCUUUUGCAGAGGAUUGCGAAAGCUAGGGAGCAUCUUAAGAAGCUUAGGAAUGAGAAUCAUGAGAAGGAGAUGAAUGUUCGGAUGAUUGAAUACAUGAAGAAGAAAGAUUUGCCGGAUGAUGUUAGUGUUUCGGAUUUGAAAGAAUUUGAGAAAUUAAUCGAGAGAAAUCUGGAGGAGAUUGAUAACGAAAUUGCAUUCGAUUCAGUUCAUUAG